CCGUCUCCGCUUUGGACUCUGCUUCCAGAGGCCCAAACCUCAACGUGUCCGGCCACCCUAUCGUACGCCGUGGGCACAAGGGCACCUCCUCCACUCCAGUCGCCAGUGGAGCGCAGUACGCUCUCGGCGUCCUUUAAUGCUGAUCAGCUGAGGUCGAGGCCGUGUGCAUUCCCAGCACAUCCACCUUGACUCUGCAGCUGAAAAUUUUUUCUUUAUUUGACUUUUCCGGAUUCAGAAGUCUCCCAAACCACACGUAUUCCCUCACCGUCUCUUUAAAUUUUUGUUCAUUUAUGUGUCUUACAUUUAUUAUAUUGUUCCUGGUGCUGCCAGCCUGCCGCCGUUUUUUAAUUUUAUUUCUCUGCAACCCAUGUAAACGGGUUUUUUUUUUUCAAGAACAGUGGAUCAAGAGGGUAAAUGUUCGUGUUUUUGGGAGAGAGAGAGGACCAAUAUUGAUUGGAAGAUUCGAAAUUGUCGAAUUCAAGUUGUGGGUUUUUCUGGGUUUCUGCGUAAUUCGAGUCAGCUCGAAUUCAAGCUUCAUUUGCUGAGAUUGUUGGAAGAUAAGUAAUUUUUCAUUUUUUUUUACUUAAAUUUAUUAGUUUCUCGCGUUGUUUAGCAUUUUCUCAAGGCAUUGGAGCUGGGAUUGUGUUUUUGAAGCAGGGAACUCUGAUUGAGUAGUUGUUUUGUGUUUGGCAUUGAAACGAAUCGCGGGUGUUUUACCUGAUGAGUUUUCUUGAAAUUUCGGCAUCUGGGUGCGUUUCAAUUUGUUGCCUUGAGUAAUGGGUUGUGUUUAUUCGAGGACUUGUAUUGGUGAUUUAUGUAAUCCGAGAGAGGGUCGAGAUAAAGAGAGCGAAAAUGUGGGAACAUCUGAGAUUCCUGUGUUCUCCCCUGUGUCCUCAGACGAUGGAGAAGGGGAAACCAGAGAUCAACUGAUCCAGUUGGGUAUAACCAGAGAUUCUGAAGUGGGUAUUACUAGGCUUUCUAGAGUUUCUUCACAGUUUCUACCACCCGAAGGGUCAAGAACUAUAAAGGUCCCAUCAGGAAACUAUGAAUUGCAAUAUUCGUAUCUAUCCCAGAGAGGGUAUUACCCUGAUGCUCUUGAUAAAGCUAAUCAGGACAGUUUUUGCAUUCACACCCCAUUUGGGACAAACCCUGAUGACCAUUUCUUCGGGGUGUUUGAUGGGCAUGGAGAGUAUGGGGCUCAGUGCUCCCAGUUUGUGAAGCAAAAGUUGUGUGAAAAUUUUCUUAGGAAUAGUCAGUUUUGUGAGAAUGCUGUUGAAGCGUGUCAUGCUGCGUUCUUGACAACCAAUUUGCAGUUGCGGGCGGAUAUUUUGGAUGAUAGCAUGAGUGGGACAACUGCAAUUACAAUUUUGGUUCGGGGACGGACUAUAUAUGUUGCUAAUUCAGGUGAUUCAAGGGCUGUUAUAGCAGAGAAGAAAGGGAAAGACUUUGUAGCCAUUGAUCUAUCAAUUGAUCAAACUCCAUUUCGAGCAGAUGAACUUGAACGAGUUAAGUUUUGUGGAGCAAGGGUGCUCACCUUGGAUCAGAUUGAAGGGUUGAAGAACCCAGAUGUGCAGUGUUGGGCCACGGAAGAAGGAGAUGAGGGUGACCCUCCUAGAUUGUGGGUGCAAAAUGGGAUGUAUCCUGGUACAGCUUUUACAAGGAGUAUAGGUGAUUCAAUUGCUGAGACAAUUGGAGUUGUUGCUGAUCCUGAAAUUGUUGUUCUGGAGCUCACAGCAGAUCAUCCUUUCUUUGUGAUUGCCAGUGAUGGUGUGUUUGAGUUCCUUUCCAGCCAAACUGUGGUUGAUAUGGUUGCAAAAUUUGAAGAUCCUCGUGAUGCUUGUGCUGCAGUUGUUGCUGAAUCUUAUCGAUUAUGGCUGCAGCACGAAACUCGCACAGAUGAUAUCACUAUAAUAGUAGUGCAUAUUAAUGGCCUAAAUGAUACUUCUGUUGCCCAACCAACAAGUUCCGGUGUUCUUUUGAGGCCUCCACUUCCUCAAGUCGUAGAGGUUACAGGAUCAGAGUCUCCUUCAACCAUAAGCUGGAACUCUAGGAUCCAUCGUGCAAGGCAUGACUUAUCACGGGCACGCCUUCGUGCCAUUGAAAGUUCUCUAGAGAAUGGGCAAGUUUGGGUUCCUCCACCACCAGCUCACAGGAAGACCUGGGAAGAAGAAGCGCACAUAGGACGGGCACUGCAUGACCAUUUCCUCUUCAAGAAACUCACGGAUUCUCAGUGUCAUGUUUUGUUGGAUUGUAUGCAAAGAGUAGAAGUUCAGGCAGGGGAUGUUGUUGUGCGACAGGGUGGUGAAGGUGACUGCUUUUAUGUGGUUGGCAGUGGAGAGUUCGAGGUCCUGGCCACCCAGGAAGACCAAAAUGGUGAGGUCCCCAGGGUUCUGCAACGAUACACAGCUGAUAAGUUGUCAUCCUUUGGAGAACUGGCGCUAAUGUAUAAUAAACCACUCCAGGCCUCUGUCUGUGCUGUGACAAGUGGAACUCUCUGGGCUUUGAAAAGAGAAGAUUUUCGGGGAAUUCUUAUGUCAGAGUUUUCAAAUUUGUCAUCAUUGAAGCUACUACGAUCCGUAGAUCUUCUCUCAAGAUUAACAAUUUUGCAGCUGAGUCACAUUGCAGAUUCUCUUUCUGAAGUUCCAUUCUCAGAUGGCCAGUCAAUAAUUCACCAGAAUGAGAGUCUCUCUGCAUUGUACAUUAUCCAGAAAGGACAAGUGAGAAUUACUUUUAACAUGGAUUUGGUGAAGAGCCAGCAUGUCCACAGCCUCAUGUCUGAUGGUGAGAAGCAUGAUGAUGAUAUUCAGAGUAAUGAAGUGCUCUCUGUGGAGAAGACAGAGGGAAGCUAUUUUGGUGAAUGGACACUUCUUGGUGAACAUAUUGGCCCAUUAAGUGCAGUAGCUGUUGGGGACGUGGUAUGUGCCAUUUUAACCAAGGAAAAUUUUGACUUGGUGGUUGGUCCUUUGGCGAAGUUUUCAGAGGAUGUUCAGAAGUCAAGGGACAAUUCUUCAAGGUUUACUGGGGAUUCUGUGAAAAAUAUUGAUCCUUCAAAUCUUGGUAGAGUUCAGCUUUCUGAUUUGGACUGGAGACUAUGUCUAUAUUCGACUGACUGCAGUGAGAUUGGGCUUGUACUUUUAAGAGACUCAGAAAAUCUCCUUAGUUUGAAGAGGUUUUCAAAGCAGAAGAUCAAAAGACUAGGAAAGGAAGCACAGGCCUUAAAAGAGAAGGACCUGAUGAAGAGUUUGAGCCCUUCAGCUAGUGUGCCACAGCUUCUAUGCACUUGUGCUGAUCAGACAUAUGCUGGCAUACUGUUGAACACAUGCCUUGCUUGCCCAUUUGCUUCUAUACUCCACACUGCAUUGGAUGAACCAUCUGCACAGUUUUGUGCUGCCUCUGUUGUUACUGCUUUAGGAGAUUUACACAAGAAUGGUGUUAUUUACAGAGGUGUAUCGCCAGAUGUUCUAAUGUUUGACAGAAGUGGACAUUUACAGCUAGUAGACUUUAGAUUCGGAAAGAAGUUAUCUGGUGAGAGAACAUUUACAAUAUGUGGGCUGGCAGACUCUUUAGCUCCUGAAAUUGUCCAAGGAAAAGGUCAUAGCCUACCCGCUGACUGGUGGGCGUUGGGAGUCUUGAUAUAUUUCAUGCUACAAGGUGAAAUGCCAUUUGGAUCUUGGAGGGAAAGUGAGCUUGAUACAUGUGCAAAGAUUGCAAAGGGACAGCUAACUCUUCCUCCAACUCUCUCUCCUGUGGCUGCUGAUCUCAUCACCAAGCUACUUGAUAUUGACGAAAAUGCGAGACUUGGAAGCCAAGGUCCUGAUUCUGUCAAGAGUCAUCCGUGGUUUGAUGGCAUUGAUUGGAAAGCGGUCGCAGAAUGUACCUUUCCUGUUCCGCCUGAGAUCACCUCUAGAAUAGCACAACAUUUGGAAAGUCACUCCGAAGAUUUUACUGCUCCUCAACUUUCCCCAUCUCGAGAUAUUGAAGAACUCAACACUCCAGAAUGGCUAGAAGAGUGGUAGGAAGAUGCUUGAAAUGGCUUCAGCUUCUUUAGAAUUCUUGGAGUUUCUUCUCCGUUCGAGGUCGACUAAGGACAGGUAAAUAAUUUGAAACCAUCGAUUAAAAAGUAGAUGGAGAGAGGAGGUGCAAAUUGCUUGCAAAAAUUUGUUCACAUUAGCUAAUCAAAAUUUUUUUUUUUUUUUAAUUUUUAAUUUUAUUUUCACUGUAGUAGUGGAUAAAUCAUCUCUGGUCGGUGUAGCCAUUUGAGGAGAGAUCAGCACCUAGGUUAGCUAAUAUAUCUUUUUUAAUUUUUUUUUUUUGGGAUUGCCUCUGUAAAUGAUUAUAGAUGUAAAUGAAAUAAGCUUCAAAAGAAA